UUAAAGGAUAUAAAAAGAAUUUUAUAAAGAUAAAACCACUGUUUAAGAGACUUCUUCUGAUAUAACUAGAAAAAAAAGAGAAAUCAUCAUAUCGCUUAAAUAAAUUUUUAUUAGAAAAAAAGAAUAUUAAAAAAAAUUAGGCGAAACGAAAUUUUUGGCAUAGCGAAAUAAUUCCAAAGAAAAGAAGCGUAAGAUUGCUAAAACUACAUUGUACCUUGGACAGGACAAUCAAGUAGCACAAAAUCUUCUUGUUACCAAUUUGAACAAAAGCAAGAGGAUAAAAUCCAACCCAAAGGCGAAAAUCUAGAAGCAAGACGCGCUUUUUCUAUUAAAAAAAAAACAAUUCUACAAGAAGAAAGUUUUAAGGAGGUCAACAGCGCCCUCUAACCCAGUAGAUUACUUUGUGUGAAGAAUCCAUCCAAAAACAAGCAAGACAAUGAUUGCAAACGGUCUGGACACAGCCCAGCAAAAUGGACGCUCUGGCUCCAUCGGGAGCGGGCAGGAUGACGCCAAGACAAAUCUCAUCGUCAAUUAUUUGCCGCAAACGAUGACCCAGGAGGAGGUCAAGUCACUCUUCUCCAGCAUCGGCGAUGUAGAGAGUUGCAAGUUGAUCCGGGACAAGGUCACUGGUCAAAGCCUAGGAUAUGGCUUCGUGAACUACCAUCGACCAGAAGAUGCUGAGAAAGCUGUCAACACUUUCAAUGGGCUUCGACUCCAAAAUAAGACAAUAAAGGUGUCGUUUGCACGUCCCAGUUCUGAUGCAAUAAAAGGCGCUAAUUUGUACGUGUCUGGCCUGUCGAAGAGCAUGACACAGCAAGACUUGGAGAAUCUCUUCAGUCCCUAUGGCCAGAUCAUUACGUCUCGUAUCCUGUGUGACAAUAUCACUGGAUUGUCUAAAGGGGUCGGCUUCAUCCGGUUCGAUCAGCGAUCCGAGGCUGAGCGUGCCAUCCAAUCACUCAAUGGAACAACACCCAAAGGCGCCACUGAACCCAUCACCGUCAAAUUCGCCAACAAUCCCAGCAGUAACAUCAACAAGGCUCUCCCACCGCUGGCCGCCUACUUGACACCUCAGUCCAAUCGUCGCUUUCCCGGACCCAUCCAUCAUCCAACUGGGCGUUUCAGUCCCGUGCUUCCCACCUGCAGAUUCUCUCCACUAACUGGUGAUCUCUUGGGCAACACCAUUCUCCCCACCAAUGCCAUCAAUGGUUCCGGAUGGUGCAUCUUUGUGUACAAUCUGGCACCGGAAACGGAGGAGAAUGUCCUGUGGCAGCUGUUUGGCCCCUUCGGUGCCGUCCAGAGUGUUAAGGUGAUUAAGGAUCUGCAGACAAACAAGUGCAAGGGCUUCGGAUUUGUCACCAUGACCAACUACGAUGAGGCUGUUGUAGCCAUUCAAUCCCUCAAUGGCUACACCCUCGGUAAUCGCGUCCUCCAGGUCAGCUUCAAGACCAACAACACCAAAAGUAAAACCAACUAGAUAUCUCCUGCCACGGCUAUUAAUUCGCACACAUCCAUCUCGGCGCUCGAUAUCAUCGCUCCAGGUAUGAAUCAAUCUUCCCUCCUGGGCGAAAAACCUCCCGGAUUGGGACUUUUGCCCAGUACCGAUCUUCAGCCGAGUCUCCUCAAUUACUAUCUCGCAUCGCGACCUUCAAUCCUCUUUCCGUCCUUCUAAAAACGAAAAAAAACUGAAUAAAACGCCCUCUCUCGGGAUUUUCUUGAUUGACUUGCAAGGAAUUUUCUUUUUUCAGAAAAUAUUUCCCCCUUGAUUCAGCACGAAGCACCCCACCCAAAAAAAACUCUUUUAUCUCUCGAAAAAAAGGAUUCCUUUGAAAUUCAAGUCCUUUUGCUUGCGCAUUCUCUCAAUUUCCUUGCAUUUCAAACAAGAAAUUCUCACAGAAGAACAAUUUCGCUCCUGAAAAUGUUAAUUGGAGUGGAAAAUCCAUCCAACUCUUCUUAUCCACCAAAUAUGUGCUCCAAACCCGAAACAACAUUCACGAUCGAUGCUCCCCAUUAAAUUCAAUGAAUAAAUUAAUUUGAUAGGGAUUUGGGAAAAGGGAUUUAUCCAGCCGCAGAGAGCAAAGUGAUUGUUAGCUGAAGGACCAUUCAAAAGUCUCUCGGUUGAUUUUCAAAAUCAAUUUGGAUUGUGGAGUGUCGAAGAAAAUCAAUGUUUGUCCUCUGCAAGAAGCUAUCUCUGAGGCUUAAGGCACUCUAAAGAGCAAUUUAACCCGUUAAAGCAAAACCUGAGAUUCGGAAAAUACUUCAUGAAUUACCAACAUCUGUGAAAUGAAUUUUGAAAAUCAAUUUGGGAAUUUUUAAACUCCGGAUGAAUUCCGAAAUAUUUCCGGAAUAAUUAUGACAUGUAAAUGAGCUUCCGCUUCCGGAAAUAUUUAUCUCCGGAAAAACUGUAAAGUGAAAGAUUAAAAAAAGAAUACAUUAAAAUUUCCGGAUUUUUUCUGAAAUUUUGCGUCAGAACGUCUUGUUCUACAUUACUUUUUCCAUUAUUAAAAAGCAAUGGAGAAUAGACAAAAAGAAUGAAAUUGGUUCUGAAGACUCUGAAUAGAGAAAAAAUCCUUUCCGGAAGUAGUUCAGAAAAAUUUCGGAAUAUUUUUUUUACAGAAUUCAUGGAUCUUUAAAAUCUUUAUGAAAAUGAUUAAAAUUCAUUCCGGAAAAAGACUCCGGAGUGACGAAACGCAAGAAAAGACUGUAUUUACCAUUUUCAGAAUAAACAAAAGCAAAGAGUUUAACGUGAUUAAACAGUAACAUCCCAAUGAAUAAAAUAUCUUCCGGAAUAUUUCCGAAAAUCUAACAUAUUGAAUUUUUCAGAACUCUUGCUGCAUUCGUGCUGUAGGAAAUUGGUUCUAGAAAACUUAGAUUUUCGGAAAAAGAAGAUUGCUUUUGAAAACACGAUUGGAAAUAAACUUUGUGAUUAGAGACUUUUCCGGAAAACUUUAAAUAAUUUUCGGAAACAAACAAAUCCUAAUAAGUCUCCAAUGAGAUGGUUUUUAUCUCUCUGACUGUGCAACACCGGAAAACUUUAUAAAAAGUUAUUCUUCUGAAUAGCAUUUUUUUCGGAAAUACAUUAAGAGAUUCAGAAAACUGUGCAGUGUUUCCGUAAACAAAUAAAAGCUUCUCAGAUCUCUAGUGAAAUUCUUUUCUGAUUACGCUUGAGAUAUGAAGCUAUAAAGAAAAUUAUACAGAAAAGCAUAAUCAGAAAAAACUUUCGGAAUAGAAGUUUUUUCGGAAAAUUGUGCAAGUUUUCCGGAAACAAAUGAAAACUAUUCAGUCUCUAUUUAUGUAUGUAUCUCUCUUAUGCUGGAAAUUUAAAACUGAAGAAAAUUAUAUCAAAAAGGUAUAAUCAGAAAAAAAUUAAAUGGACACUUUUCCAGAAAACAUUGUGAAAUUUUCGGAAAAGAAACAAGAACACUUAAGUCGUAAUUGAGAAGACAUUUAUCACAGUGAUUGUGUUUGAAAUGCAGAAUUUAAGAAAACCACAUUGAUAAUCAUGUUCAGAAAUUGACUUUCUGAUUAGAGAUUUUUUCGGAAAACAUAGCAAGACUUUCAGAAACAAAGAAAAGCACUCGAGUCUCUAAUUAAAUGCGAUUUAUCACUGUGAUUGUGCUUGAAAUAUAUAUUUCAACAAGAUCAUAUUACUAAUCAUGGUCAGAAGUUCACUUUCUGAAUAGAGAUUUUUUUCGGAAAACAUUGCAAGACUUUCGGAAACAAACAAAAGCACUUAAGUCUCAAAUGAAGUACUACGAGUAUUAAUUUCUGUGAUUGUGCUUGAAAUGUAUAAUUUCAACAUGAUCCCCUUGAUAACAGUAGUCAGAGGUUCAUUUUCUGAAUAGAAAUUUUUCCGGAAAACUUUGCAAGGCUUUCCGAAACCAAGAAAAGCACUAAAGUAUCUAAUGAGAUACUAUUUAUCUUUGUGAUUGUGCUUGAAAUGCAUAAUUCAACAAGAUCACAUUGAUAAUAGUAAUCAGAAGUUCAUUUUCUGAAUAGAGAUUUUUUCGGAAAGCUUUGCAAGGCUUUCGGAAACAAAGAAAGGCACUCGAGUCUCUAAUUAAAUGCCAUUUAUCUCUGUAAGUGUGCUUGAAAUGCAUAAUUCAACAAGAUCACAUUGAUAUCCAUGAUCAGAAGUUCACUUUUUGAAUAGAGAUUUUUUCGGAAAGUAUUGCAAGACUUUCGAAAACAAAGAAAAGCACUUGAGUCUCUAAUUAAAUGCGAUUUAUCACUGUGAUUGUGCUUGAAAUGUAUAAGUUCAACAUGAUCCCCUUGAUAACAGUAAUCAGAAGUUCAUUUUCUGAAUAGAGAUUUUUCCGGAAAGCUUUGCAAGACUUUCGGAAACAAAGAAAGGCACUCGAGUCUCUAAUUAAAUGCCAUUUAUCACUGUGAUUGUGCUUGAAAUGCAUAAUUCAACAAGAUCACAUUGAUAACCGUGAUCAGAAGUUCACUUUCUGAAUAGAGAUUUUUCCGGAAAGCUUUGCAAGGCUUUCGGAAACAAGUAAAAGCAAUCAAAUUUCUAAUGAGAUGCCAUUUUUCACUGUGACUGUGUUUGAAAUGCAUGAUUCAACAAGAUCAGAUAAUCAUGUUCAGAAAUUGACUUUCUGAAUAGAGAUUUUUCCGGAAAACAUUGCAAGACUUUUUGAAACAAUCAAAAGCACUUGAGUAUAUAACUAAAUGCCAUUUGUUACUGUGAUCGUGCUUGGUAUUUAAAAUUGAUUAAGACCAACUUAAAAAGCAUGAUUAAGAGAUAAGUUUCAGAGUAGUGACAUUUCCGGAAAAUGCAAAAUUUUCGGAAUCAAAUAAAAUCACUUCAGUCUCUUCUUAGAUCUUUUUCUAAGAAGACUUUCAGUCCGAAAAAUUAAUUUUCCGGAACCUUUUUGCAAUGGGUUAAUAUUCAAUUUUCUUAUUCAAAUAAAGGGAUUUAAAUGAAAUAUUUAUGGAGAAUUCUCAAUUUUAUUUGGCAUUUGAAGCUUCAUUGGAAUUUGAUUUUCUAUUUUGAAGCUACAACUUGGUGCUUAGAAUGGGUGUUGGGAGGGGGUAAAGGAGAGAGAAUGGAGGACAUAGGAGGGGGAAGAAUAAGGAGAAAACUGUGUGGAUGAGAAGGGGGCGGAAGGAAGUAUUUAAAAGUCGAUCGAAGAGGAAGAAAAUAGCAUACUGAAGGAUGAUGAAUAAUUUACUUGCGCAAAGUAAAAUCAUUAUCCUUUUAUUGAGGAAUAGUUAAGGAGAAAAAAAGGAACAUGCGGCAACAAAUAACAUAAGAAAAUGCGUAGAAAAUGAGGGAAGAAGGAGCAAUAAUCUCGGUGGUUGGAAAAAUUACCACAAUUGCCGCAAUGUGUGUGAAUUUUUAGCUUUAAUAAAUUGGGAUUUUAACAAGAAAAUAGAAAGAAAAAAAUACACCGAUUGUGAGAGGAUUCGGGCUAAAAGUGAUACUUUUUACAUGAAUUAAAUCAACCAUGAUAAAUUUGUGGCGAGAGAAUUCCAAUCUUUUUUUUUCCAAAGACGAAAAAAAAACGGGGGAUAAAUAACACUAAAAAUAAGAGAUAAUAAAAAGACAAUUACUUUUAAAAGCAAAAGAAAAAUUAUAAGGAAAAAAAAUAACGAAUACAACGCGUCGUCAUUAAUUGUGAAUUAAUGAUUUUACAAUUUAUACUGAAGAGACAACCUUUUUAAAACUAAAAAAAUAAAUAAAUAAAUAAAUAAAAGAAACAAAAUCGGAAAAAGAGAUUUCUAGUCUUUGACUUAAUAUUAAACAAAAUAAUAAGAAAAAAAUAAAACACUGAAUGAGAUUGAAGAGAACACCGAUAGAGACAACAUUUUUAGAAAUAUUAGAAAGAAGAUAUUAAAAAAAAUGAUAAUAAAUUUUAGGACAAGAAAAAAAUGCUAUUGAAUUACUAUUUUCUAAAUUCUCAUCCUUGCUGUUUGUGUCAUUGUAAUUGUGUUUCUUCUCUAAAAAAAAACAAAGAAUAUUGAUAUAAUUAUUGUAAAAGAUAUCAGACGCUUAACCACUUUUUAAAGAAAAAUAGUCUUCAAAAAAAAAAGAAAAAAACAAAAAAUAAUAGUGGAUCUUCAGUUAUUAAUCUCAUAAAUUAAACUAACUUACGAUGAAUAUUGAAUAAUGAUAAUUUUUACUCACAUUCCUAAAUACUCACUUCAAAGUAAUAAUUAAAAAAAAAACAUUUUUCCAAACUAGGUACAGAGAGGAAAUAUCUCCUCUUUAAUUUAAAGAUGAAAAAAAGAACUCAAGCAUUUAAGUAGUUGAAAAAAACAAAAUAUAUUCUCUUGCAAAAUUAAUUGUAUUGUAUUUAUUGUAACACUUAAAUUUAAAUUAAUUCUAUGUAAUUUUUCUGAAAGUUGAAGAGUCCAAAAAGGCAUUCUUCAAGACACAACAUCAGCAGCAACAGUUCCAUUCAAAAUUUUUAAAAAAUUAAAAAAUAGGCAUUAGGAAAAAGAGUUUAAUGGAAUUUUCUUUAGUGAUAAAUUGUCUGUUUCGCGAGUGAGUGUUUUUUAUUUCGAUGGUAGAAAACUUAAAAAAAAACACAAAAAUAUCUCUUUGAUAAUUUCAUUUAAAUAAAUGUAGGCUCGUGCAAUCACGUAUUUAGAUAUAAUUUUUUUCGUAUCCACCUUUCACUUUGAUGGACAUUUUGGAUAAAACAUCCUUUCGUAAAUUUAAACAAAAAAAAAACAUUUUUGUCUUUCAAAAAAAACGUAGAUUUUUGGACAAUUUUGCGCUUAUGAUUGUGAAAAAAAAAGAAAUAAAAUUAGGUGCGAAUAAUUAGGUGAUAGUUGCAGUAAAUAGUAUCGUAAAAGUAUAUCUUUAUAAAACAAGUAGCAACACGAAGAGGAGUACUACAUAAAUCCUUUAGGCAGUUUUCUUUGGUUGUCGAGACGAGAACAAGUAUUAGGUGAUGCAUUCGGCAUUUUCGGAAAAUGAAAUGAAACUUUGAAGUUGAAUAUUUGAGGUUAAAUUGAGGUUUUUGGUUAGGUUCACCUUGUGGGAAUCUUAAAAUUCUUGCCUUAAAGAAUCUAGUGGGAAAACUCUACGAAAGAUUGAAGUCAAAUUUUAGGUUAUGUGACACCUAACCUCACAAAUUCAAGAUCCAUUUGGUUGGGAUCUAGAGUGUGUGUUGAAUUCUUCAAUAUAUCGAGAUCAAGGUAAAUAAAUUGCAUUUUAUUUACCUUGAUCUUGCAAUUUUUUCUCAUGAGAUGACCUUCGUUUUCGGGGUUACGUCAUACUUAACCUCAAAUUCUAGAACAAAUUCCCAGUCUUUAUUUGAUAAGAAAAUUGGACCUAACAUUUGCCUAACAAUUGCAAUAUUCACAAAAUGUACUUGAAUCAUAUUUUACAAAGACGUUGCUUCUCAACAAUUGAGGUUAUGUCCAAUUUAACCACUAUUGUGAACCAAUUAAAUGAAAGAACUAAUAUUACUUUCUUUGUUGAGAAGUAAAAGAAGGUUAUCAAUUUAAGAACAAAAUUAGAAAGAAGGAUUUAAUUCCAGGUAAGGAAUUCUGUAACAGUAUGACAAUGUCAUAUGACAAAUUUUUAAAAAAUGUAUGCGAUAAAUUAUAAAUUCAGGAGAACUAAUCCUAAAUUCGACUCAUUUCCUGUAAUCCUAAAUUCGACUAUCAUUUGCUGUUCACUGGGCUUUAAUGUUUUGUUAAUCUUUAAUCCAGAUUAUCCCGUCUAUCUGGGUGGCGUGAUCUUUCACCCCUCCGGACAACUCCAAAUCAGGAAAAAUCCAAAUAUUCAGUUGGCAUCAACUAAAUACUUUUCACGGCAUUUUUUCCACGGAUUUUUCCGGGCAGAACAUUUCAAUCUCUCUUGAUGACUUUUUUCUGUGCAAUUUAAUUUCUUUUCUCUCUUCAAAUUCAUUCCCAAGCAACAAUGUUUGUAUUUUGUACAUUAUUCAGGUGGAAAAAUUGAUAUGGUCUAAUGUUGUACUGCUCCGGAAUUGUAAUACGAAAAUUUGUCAUAUGACAUUGUCAUAGUGUUAUAGAAUUCCCCUUCAGGUCUCAUCUUUAUUAAUUGGCUGAUCUAAACACUUUUCCAUGCAGGGUUCCUUUUUCCACCCGGAAUGGUAAACACAGGGGAAUUUUGCAAUACAAAAAAUUCUCCCUGGUUUUAAGGUUAUGCUCAAUAUAACCUAAAAAGUACUUAUAUAACCUCUGCACUGAAGAAAAUAACAAUGGCAAGGGGGGAAUUAUUCAAAGAUUGAAUUGACAGGGAUCCCUUUCAGUCUUCCUUAUCCUGGGAUACGAGAAUCAUUUCUCAAGAUUAAAAAAUAAAAAUGUUUUGAGGUUAGAAAAUAAGGAAGAUUUAGGACUGUAAGUAUUAAAAUUGGAAUAAAAACCAUUUUCUGUUGAAAAUUGACGGGAAAACAUGAAAAUAUUCAAUUCUUUCAAAUUGAAUUGGAUGUUUUCGAGGUUAUUACUCCUAAUGAACGUUAUUUUCAACAUAACCUCGUUUUCUGAUUAGAACUACCUAGUUGAAUUGAAUACUUAUCCCCAAUGUUGAUUUAAUAAGAACCUGGGCUUCAAAAAUUAAAUUGAAUUGAAAAUAUGCAGAAAAAGCGUUCAGGCCAGGCCAGAAAUCUUCCAUGGUAAUACAUAACUUAUAUUUUUGUCCUUGCUGUUUAUUGAAGGUAGAAUAAAUCUCAAGGUACAGAAAAUGGACUAGGGGGCAAAUUUUGAAUAAAAGUGAGAAUUGUCACAGAACAAAUUUAGUGAGAAUAGUCAUGAGUUAAAAUAUAAGCAUUAUCAAGUUUUUAUGAUGAAAAAUGACUCGUUUUGAAAGCUCAAGACCUCAACUAAUGGCAGAUGGCGUAAUUAUGUCGUUUAACGAUAACUCUCGUCACUGCAAGUUCUUGUAUGACAAUUCUCGCUCCUUUACAGAAUCUCCUGAAAUAUCAGAAAAGCAAGGAUACGAAAAUUCCAUCAAUAGUGAAUUUAUUCAUAAAUAUCAAUAAGGGUCCGGACUAAAAAAGGGUUCAGGCUUGGCCAGAGAUGUUCCAUGAUAACACAUAACCUAUAAAUAACACAUAACCUAUAAAAAAAGAAAAUAUCCAGGAAAGGGUAUUUUUUUAAGGUAGAAUAAAUCACAAGGUACAGAAAAUGGACCAGGGAAAAAUUCUGAAUAAAAGUGAGAAUUGUCACAUGAACAAAUUUAGUGAGAAUAGUCAUGAGUUAAAAUAUAAACUUUACCAAGUUUAUUUUAUGAUGCAAAAUCAUUCUUUUGGGAAAGCACACGAACUUAACCGACGACAGAUGGCGUAAUUAUGUCGUUUAACGAAAGCUCUCGUUACUAUAUGUUUCAAUAAAGUCCCUUAUGACAAUUCUCGCAAGUUAGAGAAUCCCCCUUUGAGAUUUCAGAAGGCAAGGAUUCUAAGACUCCAUCAAUUGCGAAUUUAUCCAUAAAUCUCAAUUAUAAGCUCAAUUAUUGGACUUCAAAGUUUUCAAAGUUUCAUUUUGCGAGUUGUAGAGUGCAGAAACCUCUUAAGAACAUCAGCUAAUUUUAAAUUAAUAAGAAUCCCUUAUAGAAAUAUAUUUUAUCUCAGCAAUUUAGAGACAUUUCAUUGACGGUAUUAAAGAAAGAACAAAAAAAAAACGAAGUACCACCCCAGAAUCCGGAUGAGAUCGAGCUAAGAAAAUGGAAAGCACAUCUGCAAGAGAAGAAAAAAUCGCUUUACUGUUAUUAUAAAAUAAUAAGAACAGAGUUCAUUCGUGAAUGAAGAAAAAAAAUACAUAUUUACAUGAAAUGUAUUGUAACUAAAUUAACUGAUAAUAAUUUUACGCACAUUUUAUGUAAUUACUCUUAAAUAGGAUGAGACUGGAAAAGAUAGUUAAAAAAAAUAUUUAAAAAUGGCGGUGAUAACAUAAAAGUAAGAAAAAAAAAUUACAUAAAUAAACUAAAUGGGACACGGAAAAGGUGGAUGGAAUAGCAUUUGUAGGCAAAAAAAAGGAACUUUUUAGCAAAAAUUAAGAAAAAUUUAUAUUUUGUGGGAAAGUAUGUGAAAGCAGUGAGAAAUAUUUUUCCACUGUGCGCAAUCUUUUUUCUACACUGAUGGUGUGAAGACCAAGAAAAAAAAUGUUGGUGAAAGAGUUUGUAAUUGCAAAAAAUCAUGAGAAAAAGGACAUUGAAUUGGGAAAAAUAAGUGAAAAGCUGAUAAAAAGGAAAAAAAUGGGGAAAAAUUAUAUAUCAGUUAAAUUUAAAUUUACACUCUCUAGAUAAUUGAAAUUAAUAAAUGAAAAAGAAAAGAAAAAAAACAUUUGAGGGUUAAAUAAAGUAAUAAAUCGACACAAUUUUAAUACUAAAUGGUAAAGAAAAACUGAGUGGAAAAUGCGGUGGGAAAACAACAUAAACAAAAAAAACAACAAAACAUUAGAAAAUUGAGCAGUAUUGAAAGACAAAGUAACAACUUUUCAAUUUUACACGUCAUUAUAUUUAACAAAAAAUAUAUUUAAAAAAAGCAUCAACAAAUUAUACUAACUCGCUUCUCAUAAAAAAAAAUACAAGAAAAAAUCCCAAAAAUAUUUUUAGCUGUUUUCACUCAAAGAGAAAGUUGAACUUGAGAGAUUUUUAUUUUCUUUCUAUUUAACUCCAUUUUUGGAUAAAAAAAAUUUAACUAAAUAGAGAAAACAAUUCAACUAUAAAUGAUUUGAGCUUUUGUUUCUCAUUUAGAUGGGAGGUUAUGUUUAAAUGUGAGGUUAUGCUAGACUUAACCUCAAAACAGGAUUAAUGAAUGGUUUGAAAGGGGUAGGAUGCAAGGGAAUAUCGUGAAUGGAUACAAAAUAUGCAAUCUACCGUGUUCACUGGAGGUUUUUAUCAAAAAAAUUGACAAAAAAUGUCACAUUCUAACCUCAAAAACUUAACGGACUCGCUUAAUUCUCUAAAUAAAAAUCGUAGAAUAUUUAGAGGAUACAGAUUAUUGAGCAACAUAACGAGGCUAGAAACAGAGCAAUUCGAACUUUAUAUUGGUGAUUCUACAUAUUUGUGCAUCAAGGCACAUAAAAUUCUAACCUUAAAAAUAUGAAAAAUCAAAACAUAAUUCGUGGUUAGGUUUCAUUACAUCUUAAAUGCAUGAUAUUCUUUAAUACUUAGAUUGGAAAUUGUAACGAUAUUGACAAUUUCAGACAAGUUUUCUUCAAGUUGCUUCGAAUUCUAACCUCAAAAACUUGUUCUACUUUGAAUUUAGUCAAAAGGCUAAGUUUUUAAGGUUAGAUCUUAAUGCAUUCUAAAUUAGAAAGACAUUUUGAGCAAGUGGAAACUAUUUUAAAUAGUUUCCUUCAAGAAGUAUUAAUUUCUAACCUCAAAAACUUGGUUCUGCUUUGAAUUUAAUCAAAGGGAUCAGUUUUUAAGGUUACAUCUUAAUGCAUUUUGAAGCAGAAUAAUGCUUUUAGAAAGUGGAGGUGAAAUCGAACAACAUUACAAUACCUUUACAAAGUUUUCUUUAGAAAACUUUAACUUCUAACCUCAAAAACUUGUUCUACUUUGACUUUAGUCAAAAAACUAAGUUUUUAAGGUUAGAUCUCAAUGCAUUCUAAAUGAGAAAAAUGUUUUCGAAAAGGGGAAACUAUUUUAAGUAGUUUCCUUCAAGAAGUACUGAUUUCUAACCUCAAAACCUUGGUUCUACUUUGACUUUAGUCAAAAGACUAAGUUUUUAAGGUUACAUCUUGAUGAAUAUUAAAGCAAAAUAAUGCUUUUGGCAAUUGAAGGAGAAAUCGGACAACAUUAACGCUUUUACAUAGUUUCCUUCAGAAAGCUUUAACUUCUAACCUCAAAAACUUGUUUCUACUUUGAAUUUAGUCAAAAAACUAAGUUUUUAAGUUUAGAUCUUAAAGCAUUCUAAAUGAGAAAGAUCUUUUCGAAAAGUGGAAACUAUCUUAAAUAGUUUCCUUCAAGAAUUAAUAAUUUCUAACCUCAAAAACUUGGUUCUACUUUGAAUUUAAUCAAAAGGGCCAGUCUUCAAGAUUACAUUUUAAUGCAUUUUGAAGCAGAAAAAUGCUUUUGGCAAUUGAAGGAGAAGUAGGACAACAUUAACGCUUUUAAAUAGUUUCCUUCAAGAAGUAUUAAUUUCUAACCUCAAAACCUUGGUUCUAUUUUGAAUUUAAUCAAAAGGCUGAGUUUUGAGGUUAGAUUUUAUUGCAUUUUAAAUGAGAAAGGUGUUUUCGAAAAGUGGAAAAUAUUUUACAUAGUUUCCUUCAAGAAGUUUUUACGUCUAACCUCAAAAACUUGUCACUUGUGAUCUUCCAGUAAGAAAACUGUAAAAAAUGUCUUGAAGACAUAGGGAAAAAGGGUUAUUGAUCUGGAAGAUACAAGCAUUGUUAGUGUAAAGAAUAUGCUAUAAUUCUCCAAGAAAAAUGAAUUGGAAUAAAUUAGAUCAGGCGGAUAAUGGAAAAUGAGAGACAGAAUGGGCUCUUGUGAGCCUAGUUAUCCAAUGCUAGUCAGAAAACAUCAAAAGCGUUUUCAGUAUAUUUUUGCUGAGUCUAAAUGCUGAGCAAAAAUAUGCUAGCCGGUCAGCAAUUCUCGAACAAAAAGUGCUAACCAAAUAUAUGGAAAUGCACUGCUUCGGGAGUUUUGUUUUAAGGUUAGCGUAUCUUUUCAGCUGAAUUGAAACCGGUUAGCAUUUGGUGCUCGAUGGGAAUCUACAACCCCAAGAAUUUAAUUCUUCUCUGAUUUAAGUAAGAGGUUAAAUUUUUAAGGUUAAGUCGCAUUGUACAUUGCGUAAUACACGCAGAUCAAAAAAUCUGGAUAUUUUGACAUUUUAACAGAUCUUUAACACCAGUUACCGCAAAUUCUAACCUCAAAAACUUAAUUCUUUCCUUAGUUUAGCAAAAUGGUUAGUUUUUGAGGUUAGAUUUUAAGGCACUUUAAGUGAGAAAGAUUUCUUAAGACAUGAAGAAGAAAUUAUAGUGAUACCAAGCAUUUUAGGUAAUUUUCCUCAAGAAAGGUUGAAUUCUAACCUCGAAAAUUUACUUUUUCUCUAACCUAACCAAGAGAUUAAGUAUUAAUGGAAAUGUAAAUUGCAUUUUGAAUGUCAAACAUUCUUUAAUAAGUAUGUCGGAUCGGAAAUUCAAACGAUAAUGACAAUUUUAGAGAACUGUGUCCGAAAAAGCUUUAAUAUCUAACCUCAAACAAUUAAGUCUCUAAUUCAGCGAAGAGAUUAUUUUUUGAGGUUAGAUCUGAAUGGAUUUUGAAUAUAGAACAAUCUGGAUUCUGCAGUUCCUUCUACUCAAAACAUUUGUUGAUUGUUUUUAAGCUUUUGCCAAGCCUAACCUCAAAAUUCAACAUAACCUCUUACCGAAAUAAGAAACUAAGGCCAAAUGAUGAAAAAAAUGUGUUCAUGCGUGCAAUCUUAAAGGGAGGGAGAGAUAAUAAAAAAAAGAAAUAAAAUAAAAUAGAAUUCCUAGUGAGAAUGGCGAACGAAAAUCGAAAUCAAGAAUCACUAUCCAAAGCAAAAUUGUUAAUUUUAAAAGAAGAAAAAAGAUUGAGAAGAGUAUUGUUAGAAUGAAACCUAAGAUGAUACCUUAAAUGUAACAAAUUAAAACAAUGUGCAAUGAAACUAGCGAAAAUUUACAUGAAUUUAAAAAAUAAUAAUUUUUAAAUUUAACCAUUUUGCUUUGUUGAUUUUUCCACCAAAGACAACAAAAUAACCAAAAAAUAAUAAAAAUCCAACAAGAAAAACCGGAAACUUUCAAGUAGAAAAAAGACGUCUCUUAAAUUACAUGUUAGUUCCAUCGAAUUCCAUCAAAUAGAAUUAGUACAUCCAAGAUGUGGAACAGAAAUUUGGCGAUAAAAAUGUGCGUGAGAGAGAUCAACGAAAAAAAAUUUACACAUUAUUUAAAAUAAGAAGAGAGAGGUUAAAAUAGGGAUGAGGGAUAGCAUAAGAAAAACACGCACAUUUUUGGAAAAAAAAAACCAAGAAAAAGUAAAGAAACAGAAAAGGGAAUCUUCGCAAAUGAAUGACAAAACAUCCUAAAAAUGGUUUUGAAUUAAAAUAAAAAAUAAUCUCCCAUUAUUCUUAUAGGUCAUCAAUCUCUUUGAAAUAUAUUUAAAUAAAUUAAACUAAAAAAUCUAUUAAUAAAAAAAAAAAACACUAUUUAAAUUAUUACUAAUUAUAUUGAACAAUAUAUUUAUGUAGCACGUUUAAAUGGGACGUUGUGAACGGAUUAAAACUCGGUGUGUUCACUCCAAGAGAGCAGGAUUAAUUGAAAGUGGAGCAAAAUGUAUUAGAAAUCCUAUAUUUAGUAACUUUAUCGUUCAUUAAUCGUAUGGUAAUUUAAUUUAUUUAAUUUUUUCUUGUGGAAAUGUCCAAUGAGACUUUUCCCCAAUAGCAUAACCUUUAAUCACAAUUUAUAAAAUAAUCACUGAAUGUAAUAAUUUACUGGAAUAUUCAAUUUUAGGAUUUUAUUUUAUAAAAUUGAAUUUACGAUGCAAUGAGGAAAGUUAUGAAGAGAUAUACAGGAAAGUAACGUUGUGGCAUUUCAUAAAUUGAUAGGAGGUUAUGUUAGAAAAUCUCGUUUUGGUUGAAUAUAACCUCAAAUUCACAUAACCUUUAGAAUUGUCAGAAAUGUGAAGUUCUGCAUUCGCAAUCGAGGAUGCACAGACAAUUUGGUUAUGUUGCAAACAUAACCUCAAAUUCCAAACGCACUCCUUUUAGAGCGCUCCUUAUAGAGCGAAGAAGACCUCUUUUAAUAGAAAAAUUAUAACUCCUCCAUUCUUAAAACUAGAAGAAAAAUACUUCUGAGUUAUCUUGCUGAGAAAAAAAGGCAUUAAACAUAACCACAAAUUCACGUGAUAUUUUUAAACUCUUUUAGAGUAUGAAAGAAGUUCUCAAAUUGAUCUUGAAGACUCUUUUGAGUGGAGAGAACUUUCUAUUCCCAAUCCGAAAAAAAGUCAAAGAAAGGUUACGCUGCAAAAAUUAAAAUGCCUUGAACAUAACCUAAAUUCUCAUGGGAUUCCGGAAGCUUUAUAGAACGUACAAUAAGUUCACAAAUUGAUCUGCAAAGCCCCUUUGAGUGUAGAGGACUCAAAAAUGUUCUAUUCCCAAUAAGAGAAGUUCAAUAUUGUAGGUUAUGCUGCUAGGAGUAAAAUGCUUCGAACAUAACCUAAAUUCUCAUGGGAUUCCAUUUAAUAAAACACGUAACAAGUUCGGGAAUUGAUCUGGAAGGCACUUUUGAGUGUAGAAGACUCAAAAAUGUUCUAUUCCCAAUCCAAGAAGAAGGUCAACAUUCAGUGUUAUGCUGUAAGGAGUAAAAUACUUCGAACAUAACCUAAAUUCUCAUGACACUUCGGGACAUUUAUAAUGCAAAUUUCGUAAAUUGAUCUGCAUCGCUCUUUUGAGUAUAGAAAAGUCAAAAAUGUUCUAUUCCCAAUCCAAGAAGAAGGUCAAUAUACUGGGUUGUGCUGCAAAUAGUAAAAUACUGCACAUAACCUAAAUUCUGAUAUGAUUACUUUUUAUAAAACACGUAAUAAGUUCGGGAAUUGAUCUGCAAGGCUCUUUUGAGUAUAGAAAACUCAAAAAAUUUCUGUUUUCAAUACGAGAAGAUCAAAAUUCUGAGUUAUGCUGCACAGAGAGAAAUACUUUAAACAUAACCUAAAUUCUCAUGGGAUUCCGGAAUAUUUAUAAAGCAUAUAAUAAGUUCGCAAAUUGAUCUGCAAAGCUCUUUUGAGUAUAGAAAACUUAAAAAUGUCUUCCAUAUUUAUUUUCCAUCUAAGAAGAAAGUCAUCUUUCUUGGUUAUCCUGCGAAGAGAAAAGUGUUUUCAACCUAACCUAAUUUUUCAUAGGCUUCCAGUGCUUUUUGUAGCGUAUAACAUGAUAGCAAAUUAUUCUACAAAACUCUUUUGAGUGUAGAAAAUUCAAAAAUGUGCUAUUCCCAAUUUAAGAAGAAGGUCAUCAUUCUUAUGGUUAUGUCGCAAAGUGCGAAAUUCUUUGAACAUAACCACAAUUUAGAAUAGCAUUACUGAAAUUCCAUGAAAGAUAAAAUUUUUCCCAAGCUUAUCUUCAAAUGUUUCCAGGGUUCUUCUUAGACAGAGGUUACACAAAAACGUAUAAUAGGGCUCCGAUUUUUUAUUCAGUAAAAAAGAAUAUUCUUGAAUUUGAAGUUAUGCAAGAAAUAACCUCAAAAUAGAAGUUCAUCCUGUACCUUAAAAUCUAUGAGUUUAAUUUGUAAUUUUCUCAAGGGCCUAAUGUUGGUUCUUGGUUAGCAAAUUGAGGUUAUGCUGAGUACAACCCUAUAAAAAGAAAACUAUUACAAAUUUGUUAGGAACAAAUUGUAGAAUCUUCCAAAAAGCGGGGUUUAUCUUCAUAAUAACCUCAAUUAUUAUUUCAAAUGGUUCUAUUUGUGUAUCAAGUGUCUCAAAUAGAUAAAAUUUGAGGAAAUAAUUUGCUAAGAGUCCUUAUGUUUGCUAUAACCUCGUAUUGCAAGCUAACAUUUUUUUAUAACAAUUAAUUAAUAACAAUUGGACUCAUUAUAAAAAUCUAACCUCAAAAAGGACAAUGCAAAAGCUACAAUUGUAACAGUAAAGAGCUGGAAAAUUCGUGUUUUCAAAUAGAAACUUUUAAAAAGAGAAAAACAGAAGACAUGAGAUCUUGGUUAAAUUGUUUUUAGGUUAGACCUGAACUUAACCUCAAAAAUCAGUAUAAGGUGGUGGCAUAAUUUGUGGCCUGUCUUUAGUUAUGGCCUCAUCGCAAUUGUUGUCAGAAAAUGAUUCCAAAAACCAACAAAAAAUGUGAUGUAUUAUCAUAAGACAUGAAAUAUUUUUAAUUUUGGAGAUUUCGAAAACAUUUUGUGACAUUGUAGUGUUUUUUACAAGCAGGCCAAAUAGGCAAAGGCUAGAAAUAAUUCCGCCACCCUAUGUAAACGCUUAACUUAAUGUUCAAAGUCCAAGAAACUUUUACAGUGAAGCCUUUUGAGGUGACAAUUCACAAGUUUCGCCACACUUAACACUUUUCUUAAGGUUAUGUCGUUUUGAGGUUAUGUCUUAACGAAACGUUAUUGUCAAACAUAACCUCUUUUUUAAUUCAAUGGACUUUGUCCAGGAAAGUGUCAUGAAAAAUGGAGAUUAGCCUUGUUAUAGCAAAUUGCAUCGUGAAUUUUAAUUUUUAAGGUUAAAAUCGUAAAGUUGCCUAUCCCCGUUAACUUUAGUAAUUGUAAAACCAUUUAUAGUAAUCACUUAUGACAAAGAAAAUUUUUCUAUUAAGUAGAAAUUUGAGAAGGAAGAAUAUUUGCUAAUUUUUCAUUAAUAGUUGAUUAAUUCGUGGUUUUUCUUUUUAUACAAAAUCCCCUGAAUUAUUCGAUUAAACUUUGAAAAACCUUCCCGAGCAGUAAAGAAAACAAAAACAGUUAAAAACGGUGAAACUUUUUCAAGAGACGAAUUUUUUGAAUGAAAGAAAGAAAUAAUUACUAAAAAAAAUAAUCACAUUGUUGUGUAUCCACCUCCAUCCACAAAAUUCCUUACAACAAUAAUAAAAUAAUUAAUAAAUAAUAUAAUUAAAAAAUAUUUAAUAAACAAAAUGAAUAGGAAUGAAUAUUACCACUGAAGAAAUGUUCUUAUAAAUGUGACUGGAUCAUUGGAGAAUUGUGCUAAUUUUUAUCGGGUUGGAAUUUUGCCUUUUGAACGCUACUUUGAGGAUGGGUACUUUGCCUCGGAAAGUCCCUUAGUACAUCGAAAUUAUGGUGAUUAUUCUGAGCUGCAAAUAAAUCUGAUGGCAGAGUUUGAAAAGCUAGAAUCCAACCUAUCAAUCGUACAUUAAUUGAUGAUCCAAAAUAUAGAUAAACCUUUAAAAAUAGUUUGAAAAAGAAAGACUUCAUCAGCAAGAAAAGCAAAUGCAAAGAAAACUCCUGGCAUAAACGAAUAAAAUAGCUAAAAAAGAAAAAAACCUAUUUAUGAAGAAAAAAAUUUAGUGAAAUUUGAAACAUUUUAAAAAAUUUAAUAAUUUUACAUUAAUAGCGAAUUAAAUGGGAAAUAAAAUUGAAAGUGCAGUGAGAAGAAAACUCGAGGUUAAUUGAGUAAAAAAAAUCUCUAAAUUAAAAUUGAAAACAUUAAAAAAAGCAGUGAAGAAUAGUGCAUAAAAGAAAACAAUGCAAAAAAAAAUAAGAAAAAUAAAUGUGCAUAAUAUAUAGAAAUAUGAGAAAAAAGCUUUCUUCCAAUUUUACAAUGUAAAUAGAUUUUAAAGUGAAAUAAAAAAAGUAAUAAUUAUAAAAAAAAACUGAAAAAAUGAACGUGAAGAAUGGGGAAAGAUUUAUCAAAUAAGAUGCAUAUACACCAAAGAUGAAAGUGUGAAAAAAAAUAUUAAUAGAAUUAAAUAGAAUACAGGGUGAUGCAUAAAUUGAGAAUAAAUUUAAAUGAAGAAAAAAAAUUAUAAUAUGUAUAUGAAGAAGAUGAAAAAAAAAUCGUACUUAACUAAAGCAAUAUGACUGAGAAAAGAUAAAAAAAAAAAUAAUGAAGAAAAUAUUACGGUGCAGUACCUAAAGAAACAACUAUACCUAUUUAUAAUAAAAAAAAGUGAAGUGAGAGAAUUAAAAAAAAAGUCGUAAGAAUAAAAAAAAACGAAGAAAUAAAACUAAUGAGUCAAAAAGAAA